GUAAAAGUGCAGUGUGUACAUGUUGAUUUUAAGAGCUGAUAAUACUCAGUUUCCUGGACUACUCGGUCCGGCCAGAUCAUUUUUCAGAGAAUCAGUGCGCAGCGGAGACGCGUGCAGCAGGGAAGCUGUCAGUCCUCACCAUCCCUCUCAUUGGCUGCAGCAGGAUGCUCGCUGUCCCUCCUGUUUUUUUCAAUCCUCAAAUGGAACUGAGCUGACGGAGGUUUACAAUGGAGCGAUAGAGAGAACCUUCACCUGUAGAUGUUAGCUAUUAUCCAGUGUAUUAUUCAGCAGUGUAAAUAAAAUAAACCCAGCUGUACUUUUAAAGUAGCCGCUUUGCGCUUCUGACAUUGCACCGUCGCUGGAAAUAACUUCAUUAUUCCAGGAGGAGGAUUUUUGCCGGCGCCCGUCGCCCAGUGCUGAGGUUUUACGGGAGACUGCAGGCUGUGCUGUAUGGAGGGAUGUUGGAAUGGCUUGCACAAGAAGAACCAAAACUUUGGUGUCCACAUGCGUGAUCCUCAGCGGCAUGACCAACAUUGUCUGUCUGCUCUAUGUCGGAUGGGUUACUAACUACAUCGCCAAUAUUUACAUCAAGGUCCCGAUGCCUUUAACGGAGAGAAAGUUGGAAGGUGACAAAAAAGGUGACACUCUCCGGAUCAUGGAGCGGCUCGAUCGGCUGGAAAAUGUAGUGAACCAGCACAUACAAGAGACACCAGGGAGGGGAGAAGAUGGUCAGCCGGACUCAUCCUUCUCUGACUCAUCGCUGUUUGCCCACUGGGGACAGGAGCUCAGUCCAGACAACCGGCGAGUAGCUCUGAAGAUGUUCCAGUACUACGGAUAUAACGCCUACCUCAGUGAUCGUCUCUCUUUAAACAGGCCAAUACCAGACCUCAGGCCUGAUGGGUGCAGAAAUGUCACUUAUCCUCUGAACCUCCCUCAAGUGAGCAUUGUGUUCAUUUUUGUGAAUGAAGCCUUGUCUGUCAUCCUGCGGUCCAUCCACUCUGCCAUCAACAGGACACCCUCACACCUUCUCAAAGAGAUAAUCUUGGUGGACGACAACAGUAAUAACAAUGAGCUAAAAGAGAAGCUGCAGGAUUUUGUGUCAGAAACCAACAACCAGCGUCCAGGGUUCAUUAAGAUGGUGCGGCAUGCCAAGCAGGAGGGUUUGAUCCGGUCCAGAGUGAGCGGAUGGAGGGCUGCCACUGCCCCAGUUGUUGCCCUGUUUGAUGCCCACGUUGAGUUUAAUGCCGGCUGGGCCGAACCUAUUCUGCAGAGAAUUAAAGAAGACAGAACCCGAAUAAUAUCCCCAUCGUUUGAUAACAUCAAGUAUGACACAUUUGAGAUUGAAGAGUACCCGCUGUCUGCCCAAGGCUUUGACUGGGAACUGUGGUGUCGCUACCUCAACCCCCCCAAGUACUGGUGGCAUAAGGGGAACAAAAGUGCUCCAAUCCAGAGUCCAGCCCUAAUUGGCUGCUUUGUGGUGGAUAGGCUGUACUUUGAGGAGAUUGGUCUGCUAGAUGAAGGCAUGGAGGUUUACGGAGGAGAAAAUGUGGAGCUGGGUAUCAGGGUGUGGCAGUGUGGAGGCAGUGUUGAGGUCCUGCCGUGUGCCCGCAUCGCCCAUAUAGAACGUGCUCAUAAACCCUACACUGAAGAUCUGACGUCUCAUGUGCGGAGAAACGCCCUCAGAGUAGCAGAAGUUUGGAUGGAUGAGUUCAAAAGCCAUGUCUAUAUGGCUUGGAAUAUUCCCAUGGAGGACUCAGGGAUUGAUAUCGGUGAUAUCUCUGAGAGGAAGGCUCUGAGGAAGCGGCUGCAGUGCAAAACUUUCCGGUGGUACCUGGUCAACAUCUACCCAGAGAUGAGGAUGUACAGCGAAACUAUUGCAUAUGGAGUAUUGAAAAACUCCUUGAAGAACGAUCUGUGUCUGGACCAGGGACCAGACAAUGAUAACGUCCCCAUCCUGUAUCUCUGCCAUGGGAUGACACCACAGAAUGUGUACUACACCAGCACCCAGCAGCUCCACAUCGGGCUGCUCAGCCCCACCGUUGAUGACGAUGACAACAAGUGCCUGGUGGAUGUGAAUAGCAGGCCUCGUCUCAUUGAGUGCAGCUACGCAGCAGCAAAACGUAUGAAGCUCCAUUGGCUCUUUACUCAGGGAGGAUCCAUUCACAACAGAAAAUCAAAGAGAUGCCUAGAGCUUGUAACAAGCACUGACAAUGAAUUUGGCUACCAACUGGCUCUGCAGAAAUGCACUGGACAGAAAUGGUUCAUCACAAAUGUGCUGUUUAGCAGUUCCCUGUGACUGAAGAAAGGAACACCGGAUUGAGUUGUUUCUUUUGUGUGCACAUGGCUGAAUAUCUGUGCUGUACAAGAGAAUGAGGACCAGGAAAAAGGAGCAUAGUUGAACAUGUUGAGUUUGAGCGACUUGAUGUCCUCAGAGGAGCGGUCGACAUCUCAUCUUAAAUGUUAAACAUUUUAUUUUCUCAACAGGAUCACCCAGAGGUGGCCGAUAUUUUGCAGAUUUGACAAAGUAGUAUAUUUAGUAUAUUUUGUGGUAAAUACAGUACAGUCAGAUUUUUGUUGACUUGAAAGAUGUAAUGGGUCUGAUGAGUUUUGUACUUUGUUCAAAUUUGCUACCAUGUAGCACACUUUCUGAAUCUGUCCCUGCUGUAAUUAUUUGAUUUUAAUGUCUCGGGUUUGUAGGUUUAUUAUGCGAAUCAGCUGUACAGUUGUGGGAAAUGUCGGGAUAAAUUGGAUAAUAUUUUCUAAGUGUGAAUAUUUCAAAUCUUUGUAAUGUAUAUCAGUAAAGUAACUGAUGUAAACUACUGAGUAUAAGUGCCUUUUUUGUUGCCAAAGGCACAAUCAUUGUCUCACUGACUGAAAUUAAAAAGAUUCCA